UCUCGUGAGUUACCGUAUUGAACGAGAUCCGCCAGAUUAGAAAUCAGAGACAGGUGAAUUUACCUGGAAGAUUCAUUCACAGAUAAGGAUACUGUUAGAUAUAUUGACAACAACAUUGGGACAAUGCCAGCUUCUGAAAUCCAAUACUCUGAAAAGUACUUUGAUGAUAAAUACGAGUACAGACAUGUUAUCUUGCCAAGUGACAUUGCAGAGAUGGUUCCUAAGACUCAUUUAAUGACAGAGACAGAAUGGAGAAAUAUAGGAGUACAGCAGUCUCCAGGAUGGGUACAUUAUAUGGCUCAUAGUCCUGAGCCUCACAUUUUGCUGUUCAGGAGGCCGCUGCCUGUUUCUCACUCACAAGCUACAAGUCAUGGUUGAUUCUUACAUGUAGCACAGUCAUGGCAGAACUAAAAACAUUUUGGACCACAUCUUAUACGUGUGAUAUAAACACCAGUGGGAUAGAGUCAUUUGGAAUCAUGGAAUAUGUUAUUCCAAAUUAACUCAAAAUGGAGGCAAAGACCAAUAUAAGCAACAGUCUGUGAUAAAAUAUUUGUAGCCUACUUGCCUUUGGGGUCUAAAACUUUACUGGCUCCUCUGGAAAAAAUUACAAUUUUUUUUCUGGUCAAGCUUUAAUUUCACUGGUAUGUGCCAUGGGGCAAGCGGCUAAUGUCACAGACUGCAAUGGAGCUGUUUUUGGUAUCUGUAAACAUGCUUAACACCCAUAAAAUAAGAAGUUGGGUGUUGAUGUUUUUCGUGGGACCAGUCCCAAGUCUGGGAGUCUGAUUAUCAUCUUACAGUGGAGUGAGGGUGUGCUAUAUUAUCAUUGAAUCCCAUUCCCAGUUCCUGAGAGUGGAAUUGGAACCAGAACUGAAAUGUUCAGAAAGUCUGACAUACAUGUUUUCUAAAGAUACUUUUUUAACCACAG